UCACCUGCAUAUUGGCAGAGUAAACACAACAUUUUUAUUGUAAAAAUAGUAAUUUUUGAUGUAAAAAUAGUAAUUAUUAUUGUAAAAAUAGUAAUUUUUACUUUAAAGCCAAGGGGGAUGAGCCCUGGGUUCUGGGAAUUGUCGAUCCAGUGUGUGAAUACCCCUCUUUUGGAACAAUUGCGGAGUCGCGAGGAGCUUACAUAUAGGUGAGAGGGCAGGAUGCUGUAGAUCCACGAACGAAGAAAAUUAUUUCUCGCAAACUAGUCGUCGAUGGAAAUUCGUGAAACAUAGUCACACAUACUUUUCGAGACAGAGAAGAGAAUCGUUGAAAAAUAUACUAUUGACUAAAUUUUCUUUUUUCGAAUAUUAAUCUCUAGUUUAUUAUAAAAUAAUAUUAAUAAUCAACAAAUAUGAAGGACCACGAACCUGCGUCAAUAAAAAAACCCACAAAAUUAAGGAAUCUUAUCUAUAAAACCGAGGCAUUCGAUUCACUUCAUCCAAAAAGUGCAGUGAAAACCCUAUGUUCCAGUCAUGUUUGUAUGGGAAGCGUUAUGGCACUUCCAUUUCAUGGAACUGAACCACGAAGCAAGGACGAAAUAUUAAAUCACGCCAAAGACUUUUUGGAACAGUAUUUUACAUCCAUCAGAAGAUUAAGCAGCGAUGCACAUAAGUCAAGAUGGGAGUGCGUGCAAAAAGAAGUAAUGGCGCUCGGCACUUAUCAGUUGACGGAAACGGAACUUGUUUUUGGCGCAAAAUUAGCUUGGCGAAAUGCCGCGCGAUGCAUUGGAAGAAUUCAGUGGUCCAAGCUACAAGUAUUCGAUUGUCGUUACGUGACAACAACAAGUGGAAUGUUCGAGGCACUUUGCAAUCACAUAAAAUACAGCACAAAUAAAGGAAACAUUAGAUCGGCGAUAACAAUUUUCCCACAACGAACCGAUGGAAAACACGACUUUCGCGUGUGGAAUCAACAAUUAAUAAGCUACGCGGCCUAUAAAUUGGAGGAUGGAACGAUUAUUGGCGAUCCAGUAAAUCUCGAGUUCACUGAGCUAUGUCUGAAAUUAGGAUGGAAAGGCCCAAGGACGAAAUUUGACGUGCUGCCAUUGGUUCUAUCGGCAAAUGGACACGAUCCCGAAUGGUUUGAUAUUCCCGGCGAAUUAAUUCUUGAGGUCCCGCUUAUUCAUCCAACAUACGAAUGGUUUGAAAAAUUAGGACUCAAAUGGUACGCGGUGCCAGCAGUUUCAGGAAUGGUUUUCGAUUGCGGAGGAUUGGAAUUUACAGCGGCGCCAUUUAAUGGCUGGUACAUGAGCACGGAAAUUGGGGCUCGCGAUCUUUGCGACAUGGGACGAUACAAUUUAACGGAGACAAUAGCAACGCAUAUGGGUUUGGACACACGAACACCAAUAUCUCUUUGGAAAGAUAAAGCCAUGAUUGAAGCUAACGUUGCAGUUCUUCACAGUUUUCAGAUGAAAAAUGUGACAAUCGUCGAUCAUCACACCGCAUCGGAAUCUUUUAUGAAACACUAUGAAAAUGAAAUGAGAUUGAGAAAUGGAUGCCCGGCGGAUUGGGUCUGGAUAGUUCCUCCAGUGUCCGGUUCGGCGACUCCUGUCUUCCACCAGGAGAUGGCGCUGUAUCAUUUAAAGCCAUCAUACGAUGCGCAGGAUCCCGCUUGGAAGACGCACAUUUGGAAGAAGGGGAGAGACAAAAGAUGUAUUUCCAAGAAACCAAGAAGGAAAUUUCACUUCAAACAAAUUGCCAGGGCAGUAAAAUUUACGUCGAAAUUAUUUGGUCGCGCACUUUCGAGACGAAUAAAGGCUACGGUAUUAUUUGCCACUGAAACUGGGACAUCGCAAAUGUACGCGGAGAAACUUGGUGAACUUCUUGGUCACGCUUUUCACUCGCAGGUAUUAAGCAUGUCGGACUACGACAUCAGCAAUAUUGAACACGAAGCUCUUCUCCUGGUGGUGACUUCCACUUUCGGAAACGGCGAUCCUCCGGAGAAUGGCGAGGCAUUCGCGCAAAAUUUAUACGCCAUGAAGAUGAACGAAACUUACACAAAUAGCGACAAAUUGAACCUCACCACUUCAAAGUCGUUUAUAAAGGCCAACAGUCAAACUGAGGUGGGGAAUUUAAAAAAAUUAGAUCGUUUGGAUUCACUAAGAGGCUCCACUACUGAUUCGCAAGUUGAUGAUACUUUCGGCGCCCUCAGCAAUGUUAGAUUUGCAGUCUUUGCUCUAGGAUCCUCCGCCUAUCCGAAUUUUUGCGCCUUCGGACGUUAUGUGGAUAAUCUCCUGGGCGAAUUGGGAGGAGAGCGACUGCUGCGAUUGGCCCAGGGCGACGAAAUGUGCGGACAGGAACAGGCUUUCAGAAAAUGGGCCCACGACACUUUUGCGGUGGCAUGUGAAACAUUUUGUCUCGACGAUGACGAAACUCUACUGGAAGUUGCACUCUCCCUGGGUGCGGAUGCGGUUUCCGCUUCUACGGUUCGAUUUGUCGAAGCUGAUCCCCAACCGUUAGCAAAAGCAUUGAGUAAAUGCCACAAUAGAAACGUCACUACCUGCAAUAUGCUUCGAAAGACGAACCUAAGCAGUAUUCAUUCAGGGGGAAAGACGCUCCUCUUGGAAUUGGACGAUUUGGCGAGUAUGGAAAUAAUCUACAAGCCCGGCGAUCAUUUGGGAGUGUUCGCCUGCAAUCGACAGGAGCUCGUCGAAGGUAUUUUGAAGCGUUUAGACUCGCCUUUUGAGGCGGACGUUCCGAUUGAAUUGCAAAUGCAGAAGCAAUCGCACACGCCGAAUGGAAUUGUGAAAAGUUGGCUGCCACACGAUCGUUACUUACCCAAUACAUUGAGAACUUUGCUCACUCGAUUCCUGGACAUCACGACACCGCCGUCGCCGAAUCUUCUUCGUUAUUUCGCCUCAAUUGCUACUAAUUUGAAGGAGCAGGCUCGACUCAAUCUCCUGGCAACGGAUUCGUCCGCCUAUGAAGAUUGGAGACACUGGAAUUUUCCGAAUCUUCUGGAAGCGUUGGAAGAAUUUCCGUCGGUUAAACCCAACGCUCCGGUUCUUGUGCUUCAUCUAACUCCGCUUCAGCCGAGAUUUUACAGCAUUUCCUCGUCGCCGAUGGUCCACGAAGGGCAAAUUCACCUAACCGUCGCUGUUGUUCAAUACAAAACACAAGGUGGUUCAGGUCCAGUACAUUACGGAGUAGCGUCUAAUUAUUUAAGCGAAAUUUCCGACGGCGAACCGUUGUACGUCUUCGUACGCAGUGCGCCCAACUUUUACAUGCCUGUCGAUACAAAAGCGCCGAUGAUUCUUGUGGGUCCCGGAACUGGAAUCGCGCCGUUUAGAGGAUUUUGGCAUCAUCGAUUGGCUCAGAUGAAAAUACAAGACACUGACGAUUUCGGAAAGAUAUGGCUCUUCUUCGGAUGUAGGAAAAAUGAUCUUGAUCUCUACAGGCAGGAGAAGAAGGAAAUGUUAGAAUCCGGAGUACUUGACAAAGUGUUUCUCGCUCUGUCCCGAGAAGAUGGGGAGAAGAAGACCUAUGUUCAGGAUUGUAUUCAAGCGGAGGCGUCACAAAUUUACGAUAUGUUGGUUCAUCGUCGGGGGCACUUUUACGUUUGUGGCGAUUGCACAAUGGCCGAAGACGUCUAUCAGACUCUGAAGCAAAUUAUCCAAACGCACGGUCAAAUGAUGGACAAGGAAGUGGAAACCUACAUGCUUUCCUUGAGGGACGAAAACAGAUAUCAUGAGGACAUCUUCGGCAUAACACUGCGCACUGCGGAAAUUCACAAUAAAUCGAGGGAAACGGCGAGAAUUCGAAUGGCCUCCGAGCCUUAAAUUUCUCCUAACUGAAGAAAAAAAAACAAUUUUCAAGGCCUUUCGCACGACAAAACAAUAAUAAAAUAAUCAAAACGAAAUAUUUCUUUUGAGUGCAUAUCGAAACGAAUCCAUCAUUAACCAGAUUAAUAAUAAAAAUGCUAAAGUAAAAUCUGAAAAACUUUUUUCCUGUCAAAGAAAAUAAUCAGUGUUGUAUAUUGUAUAUUCAUGAAAUUUCCAUUUCGAAUAUUAAUAUUAAUAAAAAAAAUAAUGUAAUUAUAAUAAUAAUAACAAUAUUAUAAUUAUAAUAAUAGUAAC